AUGCCCACAGACAACUUCGACCAGACCCUCCAGCACUGGAAUACGGCUUUACAGAUCCUAUGUAUCAGCGCCACCACGUUUUGCGUCGCCCUCCGUGUUUAUACUCGGCUGGCCGUGCUCGACGGCUUAGCCAAGGAAGAUGCGGCCUGCUUGGGUGCCUGGUCCCUCGGGGUCGGCUAUUCGGCCAUCGCACUGGCUAUGGGCUUCCAUGGAGGGGGCCUUCCGAUCGAAAACGUGUCGGAUGACGAUGAACGCAUAUUCCGCAAGACCGUCUACGGAACUAUGAUUAUCUACGGGCCCGCGGCCUACCUGACCAAAGUAUGCCUCCUGUGGAUCAUGACGCGGGUGUUUUGCCCCUUCCGCAAGGCCGUGAUCCUGAUCUAUAUCUUCCUCGGCCUGAUGCUAGCCUACUACGUUCCGGCGCUGAUUGUCAAGAUCUGCAUCUGCAACCCCAUCUCGAAGUUCUGGGCCCCAGCCACUCCCGGCAGCUGCCUGGACCAGACCAAGAUCACGCUGGCCGAUGCGGUCAUCAGUGUCGCCAGCGAUCUGAUCGUUCUGAUCAUCCCGCUGGCACUAGUGUCGAGGCUACAUCUACCGAUUCGCAAGAAGAUCCGUGUGAUAGCCCUCCUCGGUGCGGGCGGUCUCGCCUGCGCGUCCAGCAUCGCCCGGCUGGCACUGAUCGUCAGCACUGGAACAUCCCAGGACAUCACGACGGCGUUCAUGCGCAUCAACAUGCUCGGUAAUGCGGAGAUCUCCCUCGGGAUAAUCUGUGCCUGUCUUCCCUCCCUCUCGGCUUUCGUCACCCAUCUAUCUCAUCAGCACUCCCGCAGCCACCUAUCGUGUGAAUGCUCUCAGGAGAGCUCGGACCAUUCCCGCCGCCGGGCCUUUUGGCGAAAGACCUCAGAUCAAGAAGCUUUAGUCUCGCGCGCACAGAGUAGCCCCCACAUGCGGGCCCUCAUGUACGGGCACGGCGAGCAUUUUGGCAGCAGGGGGGAUGCCAUCGAAAUUCUCCGAACUGUAGAAAUAUCGACUGUAGUGACUAGUGUCUGA